ACGCUAUUUAUUUUCAUUUUUUUUUCCUUUUUCAGUUUUCUUACCGUGGUUAUUUUAAUUUGGUUUUAUAUAUCCAAAUGCGUAUUUUUUAAGUACAAGAGUUUUGGUUGUAGAAUGUCAAUCCGUCUCUUUGUUUAAUUUUUGUUCGCAGACUUCCAAGCACAUCGCAAGUCGUCAAUAUGAAAAAAAAUCAGUAAUAAUGGUGUUCGAAUAAGGCCAAACCAACGCCUAACUCCGUAACGACUGCUGUAGAAGUCAAAUCCAACUGUUAUCGUAAAGAAACUACAUACAAAAUGUCUAUGAGAGAUUUAGUAGAAGGAGAAUGCGGAGGGUCCAACUCUUUGGUCCAACUAUCAACGCAUUUUGUUCAAGAUCACGCAUUAAGAGACCAGGACCUCAAGCAAGACGGUCAUCCUGAUCAAAGUUUUUUGGAAGCAAACACUGGAGAACUGGCAGAUCAGUAUUUUAGUACUGCAGAACCAGACACAUUUAAAAUGGACAAUCUUUUAGAGGAAAUGAGAAGUACCGAAGAAACAAAUGUCAGCAAUCAACAAGAAGCAGCAGCGUGGCCGACAGAGUAUGAAGUCCAAAAAGAUGAAGGUGAAUACGAUCCAAACAUUUGGAGUACGACCGACAACAAAAUGUUGGUAAAAGACGAAAUCUAUGAUUUUGGUUACGGCCCUGAUUGGGUGAAAAAAUUGGAGUCUUCUAAUAAUAAAGAAGAUGCCGUUAAAUCUCGAUUCAAUUUUGAAAAACCCAAAGAAAAUGAAACAAUACUUGAUGGUACAGUGGCUAGUCCUACAAUUGUUGAUUCUGUGUUGCAGGAACAAACUAAUUUGGACCCAUUUUUAACUAUGAUGAUGGAGAACAUAGCGAACAAAUCCAGUUUCAACGUGGGAUCUUAUGGAAACUUGUUGUUUGAUUUUCAAAAUUUACCGCAAAAUGCAGAUUUCAAUCGUAAAUGGGAAUUAGAAGAUGCUGCAUCCGAUCAUAUUUUACCAAGUUCGUCGAAUGCUGAUGCACCAAUUUCAGCUAUAGGAGAGCCAAUAUCGUCUACUGAUCAAGAACAGGCGGCAGAGACUAUUAACAACGAUAAAAAUAUUUCAUUUAUGAGUAAUAUAAUGAAUAAUCUUCGGCUAUGGGAAUCUGAGUUUCGAGAUAUGCGUACUGUCACAGAAAUACCAGAGUAUUUGUUUAAUCAGCAAAAUGAGAUGGAAUCGAUAGAAAAUCCAUUAGCCGAAGGAAAGCGUCGUUUAGAAGCUGGUGAAUUAUCUACAGCUGUUCUGUGUUUUGAAGCGGCUGUCAAACAAGAUGCGUCUAAUGCUGAAGCAUGGCAACUAUUAGGCACAACACAAGCUGAAAACGAACAGGAUCAAUUGGGUAUAAGCGCGUUACACAAAUGUUUAGAACUUCAACCAGACAACUUGACAGCUGUACUUUGCUUGGCGGCUUGUUACACGAAUGAAAGCUGUAACGCACAAGCUUGUCGAAUGCUCAUGGAAUGGUUAAACCAAAAUCCAAAAUACAAAGAUAUCGUAAAGUCCAAACAGAUUCCGGACGAGCCAAAAAAGGUGGAUUACUUAUUUACUUCGAAACUAUAUGAUUCCGUCAAAGAUAUGUAUAUAGAAGCUGCCCAGCGAAGUGCUGAGAUGGGAUUCAUUGACGCAGACGUUCAAAAUGGUUUAGGAGUUUUACUCAACCUUAACAAUGAAAACGAUAAAGCCGUCGACUGUUUCAAAGCUGCACUUCAAGUCAAACCAGAUGAUGCUCGUUUGUGGAACCGUUUGGGUGCAACAUUAGCAAAUGGCGGAAAGUCUGAAGAAGCGAUAGAAUCGUAUCGCAACGCUUUGCAGUUAUGUCCUGGAUUCACAAGAGCUCGUUAUAACCUGGGGAUCACGUGUAUUCACCUAGAAACGUACAGGGAAGCCAUCGAGCAUUUACUAGAAGCUUUAAACCAACAAGCUUCAGCUGUGAGCUCUAAUGCCGGGACCCCCGCUUUGUCGGACACCAUUUGGAGUACACUGCGUCUAGCAAUAUCCUUGUCCGACCGUAUUGACCUUUUUAGAGCAGUAAAUGAUAGGAAUUUAGAUUUGUUGAACGCAGAAUUUAAUAUCAAAGAAACAAAAGAAAAUAGUACAACCGAUGAUAAUCAACAGUUAAAUCGGGAUUAGGUUAGGUAUUUUUUUUAUUUUAAAUUGAAUUUGUUUUAUAGUUUUUCAAUUGUAAAAUAAAUAUUAUAUUUUAUUGUUGGGAAAAAAAUUGUAGCGGAACAAUUUUACAUCCGCUUAUUCACAUAUUAUCUUGUAUAAUAUUAUAUUUCUUUUCGUAUGAAUGAUUGAAAAAUGUAUGUAUAUUAUAUUAUUGACACCAAUAACUAAGCUGGUAGAACUUAGGGUGUGAUUUUUGUAUUGUUAUAGUGUGUUCAGACUGUAGCCAAUAUUCAUGCAAAUAACGUAGUAACUUCCUCAAAAUAUUAUCGAUAAAUAUCAAAAAUAUUUUCUGUUUGUCAAACAUGUCUAGUGUAAGUCAUUUUUACUUGCUUGCUAUAAUUCUAAUUCUAUUAUAUUGAAAUCAAUUGAUAUCCUUUAUGUUUACAAACAUAUUAUUGUUUAAUUAUACAUUUUUAUAACAACUAAUGGUUAGUUGCCGAGUUCUCAACAAAAAAAAUUAUGUAAUGGUCGGGUUUUAGAAAAAUAUCACGGAUCCUCAAUGUUGUUAGAUUUUAAUAAUAAUUUUUUGUGUAAAUAAAAAUCAUUAAAAUCUAGUGCACGCAUCGAAAUCAACCAGUGAUAAUACUUAGGUAGUGUGGUUUUUUUUAUUUUUAAAAAAUGUUUUAAAAUGUACGUGUAUGUGUGAUAUAGAUUUAUAAUAAAAUGGUUUGUGCCA